GCUGGCGUCGUGAUCGGUCGAUCGAACACUCGUUGUUGUCGUUGUCGUCGUCGUCGUCAUCGUCGUCGUCGUAGAUUUGUGCUUUUACAACUCUGCUUAACGCAUCUUGCACAACAGCGCGCGCGCGCAAAUGCUUAAAGCUCUCUCUCGUGACUCUCUCUCUCUCUCUCUCUCUCUCCCUCUUUAUCUGUCUGCUGCGUACUUGUGGCGCAGGCAAGUCAAGAAAACCUGUGCAUGCCAAGUGUAGACAAAUUGUAGAUAAAAAUAAAGUAAAGUAAAAUGAAAACGUAAAAAGAUAUGAAAGUGUGAAAUCCAUCUGUAAAAGCUAUAGAAAACCAAAAGAGCAACACUCGAUGCAUUUUAAGUGGUUAUCAAAAAAACAUUGACUAAGUUAAUAUUUCGGCCUUGAAAUGUUUCCAAAUCAAAACAAUUUGGGCGCUGCGGGUGCAGCAGGCGAUGCCCAGCAGCAGAGCCUCAACUACAAUGGCCUGCAGCAGCAGCAGCAGCAGCAGCAGCAACAACAACAGCAGCAACAGCAACAAACUCAACAAUUGUCACAGUCCACGAAGAACGUGAGAAAGAAACCGUAUGUGAAGAUAACGGAACAGCCCGCCGGCAAAGCGCUGCGUUUUCGCUAUGAGUGCGAGGGUCGCUCGGCCGGUUCCAUUCCCGGCGUGAAUUCAACGCCCGAGAACAAGACCUAUCCAACCAUAGAGAUUGUCGGCUACAAGGGACGCGCCGUCGUCGUUGUGUCCUGCGUCACCAAGGAUACACCAUAUCGUCCACAUCCACACAAUCUGGUAGGAAAGGAGGGCUGUAAGAAGGGCGUCUGCACCCUGGAGAUCAGCAGCGAGACAAUGCGAGCCGUGUUCAGCAAUUUGGGCAUUCAGUGUGUCAAGAAGAAGGACAUCGAGGCGGCUCUAAAGGCGCGCGAAGAGAUUCGCGUGGAUCCAUUCAAGACUGGAUUCUCGCAUCGUUUUCAGCCGUCGAGCAUCGAUCUGAACUCGGUGCGCUUGUGCUUUCAAGUAUUCAUGGAGAGCGAGCAGAAGGGUCGCUUCACAUCGCCCCUGCCGCCCGUCGUCUCUGAGCCGAUCUUCGACAAGAAGGCCAUGUCCGACCUGGUUAUAUGCCGGCUGUGCAGCUGCUCGGCCAGCGUGCUGGGCAACACGCAAAUCAUUCUGCUGUGCGAGAAGGUGGCCAAAGAGGACAUCACGGUGCGCUUCUUCGAGGAGAAGAACGGGCAGACGGUGUGGGAGGCCCUGGGUGAUUUCCAGCACACGGACGUGCACAAGCAGACUGCCAUUACGUUUAAGACGCCGCGAUAUCAUACGCUUGAAAUAACGGAGCCCGCCAAGGUUUUCAUACAGCUUCGUCGGCCGUCGGAUGGCGUUACCAGCGAGGCUCUGCCCUUUGAAUACGUGCCAUUGGAUUCAGGUAGGCAUACGUUCUGGAAUCUUCAUCGGCAUCUCAAGCGGAAGCCCGAUGAAGACAUCUUUCAGCAAAUCCUCGCGAUCGACGCGGUCGACCGUUGCUCGGCCAAGCGCGAAACCCCUGCGAUUGAGGUAGUGGAUCUCAACACGCCCACCCUGGAGCAGGCCCAGCCUCAGCUGGUGCAGGCGGUUACGGCGGGGGCGGCGGCAGAGGCACAGCUGGAAGCGCAUGUGACCGAGGAUGAAACAGAUCAGGCACCAUUAGAUAUGGAAGCAGCCGAUGCUGAAGCUGAGGCGGAGCGACUGCGAACUGAACUGGAAAUCGAUACGAUCAUUGAUGAGAAGGUGCGCGAAUUGGAGCAGUUGGAGUUGGAGCAGCAGCAAGAGCCGCACCAGCUGACGGCCACUGAUAAGUGUAACGAGUGGAUGAAGUCCAAUGAGCUGCUGCAACAGCCCCACGAGCCAAGUCCAGAUCCAGCGGAAGCCGAGGUCGAGGCCGAUGACAGCGAUGCCACCGCCGAGACUCAGGUGGCCGCCACGGACGAGGACAAGACGCUCAACGAGCUGCUCGAGCAGGUGGCCGAGUUGGACGAGAUCUACACGGACUUUGUCAUGCAGCGGGACACGUACAACAACACGCUGAAGAACGAGAUGGAGAGCAUGGGCAGGCCGCCCAUGCAGGUGGAGGACAGCUUCGAUGAUGCGGCCACCUAUACGAGUCUGCAGAUCGCCUUCAAGAAUCCAGUCAGUAUACCUAUGGACGACAUCAUGCCUCCGACGCCUCCCAUGUCCCAGUGUGCACCAGAGGAUGCGCAGCACUACGAUGCUGUUGARGUGAACUCCCAGCAGCAGCAGCAUCAGAAGCAGCAACAGCAGCAGCAACAGCAGCAGCUGCAAACCAAUCAACAGUUGCAGCAACAGCAAGAGAUUCUCAAAGAAUACGAAAUGGAGAAACGGGCACAGGAGCAGCUUGAGCGGGAGGCGGCUCUGAUGCUGGCGUCUGCUGAGGAGGAGAAGCUGCCGCCGCUGCCGCCCAAGCGCUUGCGCAAGCAGGACAGCAAUGCUGAGAAUCGCUCGAUCGAGGCGAACAGCGAGCCAGCUUCAAAGGAGAAGCCACGCCUGCCACCGCCCAUUAUUCAUCCACGCGUCACCGAUUUGCCAGCGGCGCCCACGAAGAAGCUGCCGCAGCCGCCGGAGACGAAGCCCAAGCCCAAGCCGAAGCCCGCAAAGAAUCCGAAUUUCAAUACGCUGCCCAGGCAGAAGAAGCCCGGCUUCUUCGCCAAGCUAUUCGCGCGGCGCAAGAGUAAGCCGGACCUGACAGACCAGAGCACUGAGAACUGCUCCAGACCCGACUCGAAACCGCCCAGUGCCACGGCCAGCAGCGAGCCCAGCUUGGACAAUCUCAAUACGCGAACGGCCAAAAGCAAGGGAACCAAUGUGGUGCUGGGUCCACUCAAGUCAGGGGGCACAGGCAACGCGGCCACGCCCCGAAAGUCCGGCAAGUCAGGCAAGCCCUGCGGCCGCAGCGUAAGCAGCGUCUCAGGCAAGCGACCCGCCUACCUGAAUGCGGACGUGGUGCAUAUUCCACUCAAGGGCGACAGCUCCAGCAGCCUGCAGCCAGCAGCCAACGAGGCCUACUCGAGCGCCAGCACAAUCACAGUGGGCGGCCAGUUGGACAGACGCACUGCGUCCGCGCUGCAGCUGGCCGAGAUUCCCAUCAGCGAGGGCGGCAUGGAGCUGGUGGCCAUUGCCGACCGCCAGAGCUUGCACAAUCUGGUCAGCUCCAUCGAGGCGCACUUCAACGUCAAAAUGGACCCUAACCUCGACCUGACGGAGGUCGAGCACUUUGCCCUCUACACGAGCGUGCCGCCUCAGGCGACGGUCAGUGAAUUCGACGAGACCUCCGCCUACUAUGCAUCCGUGGAUGCUGGCGAGAUUCUGACGCCCGACCAGGUGGCCAAGCGGCUGGCGGCAGCAAACGGCAAUUGAAUAUUGUUAACUCAUUUACGAACAACCUCAGCUUGUCUGGUUGCCUAGGACUAGGACUAGGGAUACCAAGUCGAGUCCCUAGAAUCGAAUCGAAUCGAAUCGAAUCUCGUCGACCAGCUCAAUUUGUGUGAUUGGAUAGGCAAAGGCUCUGCUUGUCGUCCCAAUCGUCGAUUGGAUAUUGUAACAUGUUUUUUUUUAGCCCUACGAACAAACUUCGCAUCGACUAAAUCAGUUUGUAUUGAGGGAUUCCACAGCGAAUUCCAAACCCAAA